AUGGCAAUGAAGGUACACCAAAUAGUAGUUCUAGGAAAAAAAUUUGGAAUCAGAAUCACUUUUCAUUCUCUUGUAGCAAUUUUAACAACUAUUUUAGUUGUCACUGCCAUAUAUUUUACACAAGAAGGAAGAGAAUGGUCUCAUGCAAAUACUAUGUUAGAUGAAUCUUUGUCGAAAUGUAACUUGUUUUCGGGUAAAUGGGUUUUCGACAAUGAAUCUUAUCCUCUCUACAAAGAACAAGAGUGUAAGUUCAUGUCAGAUCAAUUGGCUUGUGAGAAGUUUGGAAGAAAGGAUCUUAGUUAUCAGAAUUGGAGAUGGAAGCCUCAUCAAUGUGACCUGCCAAGGUUCAAUGCGACAAUAUUGCUUGAAAAACUAAGGAACAAGAGGCUUGUGUUUGUUGGAGAUUCACUCAAUAGAGGCCAAUGGGUCUCAAUGGUUUGUCUAGUUGAAUCUUCAAUUCCUUCAACUCUCAAAUCCAUGCACACCAUUGCUAAUGGUUCACUCACCAUUUUCAAGGCCAAAGAAUACAAUGCAACAAUCGAGUUCUAUUGGGCGCCAUUACUCGUAGAAUCAAAUUCAGAUGAUCCGGUGAAUCAUAAGGUAGAGGAUAGGAUUGUGAGAGUUCAAGCCAUUGAGAAACAUGCAAAGUAUUGGACUGAUGCUGAUGUUUUAGUCUUCAACACUUUUCUUUGGUGGAGAAGACAAGCAAUGAAUGUUUUGUGGGGAUCAUUUGGGGACCCUAAUGGAGUAUACAAAAAGGUAAGAAUGGUUAGAGUAUACGAGAUGGCGUUGCGAACUUGGUCGGAUUGGUUGGAAGUUCAUAUUAAUCGAAACAAGACUCAAUUGUUUUUCGUUUCUAUGUCACCUACUCACCAAAGGGCUGGUGAAUGGGGAGGAACUGAGGGUGAAAAUUGCUACAAAGAAAGAAAUCAAAUAACAGAAGAAGGAUAUAGUGGAAAUGGUUCAGUUCCGAAAAUGAUGCAAGUUGUGGAAAAUGUUAUACAAGAUUUGAAAACAAGAGGUUUGAAAGUUGAAAUGCUUAACAUCACACAACUUUCGGAGUAUAGAAAAGAAGGUCAUCCAUCUAUCUAUAGGAAACAAUGGGAGCCUCUAACAGAAGAGGAAAUGUCGAAUCCGAAAUCUUAUGCAGAUUGCAUACAUUGGUGUCUACCUGGUGUGCCUGACACAUGGAAUGAGCUUCUCUAUGCUUAUGUUUUUAGUAGAUGA